GGAACCCUAGCCACUCAUUGAGGUUUUGAGUUUAGUCCAAAGGCUCUCUUGAAGGAUCUACAAAAUUAUGAACUUCCAAUGGCUUUCAGUUUACAAUUACGAGGAGCUCUACCAGAUAGGGCAUUCCUUCGAGAUCGUCAUACAAAUCUGUGGCCUAUAAAAACGGAAAAAAUUGACAAUAUCUGGUUUUUUUGUGAUGGCUGGGAAAAAUUUGUUCAAGAUAACUCUUUGGAAUCACGGGAUGUCCUCGUGUUUCAAUAUGAUGGGGAAAAUUUAUUUGAUGUAAAGCUAUUGGGGUUAUCAGGUUGUGACAAGGAGGGUCAUGCAUAUAUCAACAUGAGUGUUGAGGAUAAGAAUGAAGAAGACGGUGUAGCAAAAGCAGUGCAAGUGGCUGAUGCCGAUUAAGAUGGAGGUAGCAAAGUGCAUGAUAUUGAAAGCAAUGAAGGCCUAUAUCACACAGAGUCAGAGGAUGACACUGAAGAUCGUAUUCAUGAUAGUGGUGACAAUGCCGAAGAGUACAUGGAGAAUUUGGAAGACAAAGACAAGGAUGCUGAAGAUGAGGAUGGCGAGGAGGAAGACACUAAAAGCAAUGAAGAUAAGACUCAAGAAGAUGAAUUAGAUGUUGAGCAAGCGGCCGAUGGUCAACGUCCUCUCAAUUCUUAUGAUAAGGAUAUCAAGAUGUUUAAGCCAGUGAACUUCUUCAAGUGCUACAAUCGUAAAACCAGCGCAUAAGGAUUGGUAUUCAUUUAUAUAUUAUCUUUGUUUCCUUUUUUGUUAAUUUAAAAUUUUAUUUUAGGGAUCUAGGAUUUUGUUCUUAAAGUAAAAUUCUACUUUGCCUGGUCUUACCUUGCUUUUACCACAGGGAUUUAAUAUGCUUAGUAUUUCCUGACAUAUCUAUUGCGAUCCAGGAUAAUGAAAAUUUGGGUGAUUAGUUUAUUUUUCGCCUCGUAUAAUGUGAGCAUAAGAAUAAAAGUUGUUAGAGAAAUAACUUUAGGACACAGAUUUGUAGUGUCAAGAAUUAGGUAAAAUUAUGCUAGAGAAUUUUUUUACCCUAUUUUAUUCUUUUAGAGUGUGAUAUUUAAAGAUCUAGACAAAAACUUCAUGACAGUAAGGAAAAUGUGCAUUGAACUAGAAAUGGCUCUUCAAUGUUCAAAGAGUUUUGCUAUGGUCUAAUUCCAUUUAUCUUAUUGUUCGUAGGAACUUCAAAUGAUCUUUAGUUCACAAUUACAAGGAGCUCUACCAGAAAGGGUAUUCCUUCAAGUUUGCUACAAAAAUCUGUGGCCUGUGAAAAUGGCAAAAAUUGAUAGUGACUGUUUUUUUUGUGAUGGUUGGGAAAAAUUUGUUUGUGACAACUCUUUGGAAUCUGGGGUUAUCUUUGUUUUUCGAUACGAUGGAGAAAACCCAUUUGAUGUAAAACUGUUAGGGUUGUCAGGUUGUGAUAAGGAGGGUCUUGGGCAUUUCAAUAUUAGUGUUGACGAUAAGAAUGAAGAAGAUGGUGAAGCAAAAGCCAAGCAAGUGGCUUAUUAUGGAGAUAGCAAAGAGUAUGAUGUUAAGAGCAAUGAAGACCUACAUUACAUGGAAAUUGAUGAAGACGAGGAUGCUGAAGAUGAGAAUAGCGAAGAGGAUGACACUGAAAAUAAGACUCAAGAAGAAGGUGAACCAGCAGUGGAUCGAGUGGCUGUCGGUCGACCAAGUCAACGUCCUCUCAAUCCUUACGGUAAUGACCUUUUCAAUUCUGGCUUGGCUAUCCGGCCAAGAAAUCCUUACUUUGUCACUAAAAUCAGGAAAUCAAGGCCGAAUGAUUUGGUAAGGCUUGCAUUCAUGUUCCUAAAUGACUGCAGCUUAUAAAUCUUAGAUAUUUUUUGGUGCUUUGAGUAAAUAAUGGAUAAUUUGUGGCAAUAUAUCCCAAGGAGAAUCAAGGACUUCCAGCUGCACAAUCUACCUGAAGAGAUGUUCCUCAUUGAUCCCCAAGACAGACAGUUUCAUGUGAAGAUUAAAAGAUGGAAGGAUGACCGUGUGUGGUACCGAGGAGGCUGGAAAAGUCUCUGUGCGGUGAACUUUGUAAGCAAGGAGGAUACGUGCAUCUGUGAAUUUGUCGAAGGUAGGUUACAUGUCCAGAUUGUCAGAAGAAAUAAUUGAAUGGCAUCUUAACAUGUAAUUUACAUUAUUUUGAAUUUAUAUAAAUUAUAAUUCUCUAUUUGUUCUGGUGUGUCAACAUGCUCAAUUUGUCAGCACUUCUACGUUUCAUCAGUCUCUGAAUUUUUGAUACUCAUUAGCUUUUCUUCAAAGAUCAAAAUAGGACUUGUAUCCCUGAAUGAAUUUUUUGCUCUUCAAACUUCAAUUCUU